UCUCUCAAUAAUAUCUGAACUCUCAAGCGCUUCUUCAUCUUCCCUGCUCUCUUCUCUCUCUGCAACUGUGUCCUUUGGAGGCAUUCGUCUCUCUCUGCGGUUCACUCUGGAUUUUGAAAUGGCGGCGAAGAACGAUGCCUCAGCAGAUUCCCCGACUUCGGUUCUCGAGGACGAGGAAACAUGCGAGGAGAAGAUUGAUGUCAAAUUAGAGAAGAGCGAGGUCAAAUCAGAGGAGGAGAUACUUCCUGAUGAAAAAAAUGAGGAUUCCUUGCUUAUACCAAAAGCCUUGACUGAGGUGGAAGAAAAGUUGCUUGAAGAUCGGGUGAAGGAAGAGGAGGCAGAAAAAGAAAAGGCGGCAGAGCAGUUACCCAACUUGAAUAACACUCAGAUUACCAAGUUGGAUGAGCUCCUAACACAAACUCAGCUUUACUCGCAGUUUUUGCUUGAGAAAAUGGAUAACAUCACACUUAUUGGAGCCGAGCAGCAGACUGAAACUGUUGAGGAAAAGAAAGGUCGUGGUAGAAAAAGAAAAGCCACUGCAACCUACAAUAACAAGAAGGCCAAGAGGGCAGUUCAAGCUAUGCUUACAAGAUCUAAAGAGGGUGAGAAAACUCAAGAUGUGGACCUCACUGAGGAAGAAAGAGUUGAGAAAGAGCAAAAGGAACUUGUGCCUCUGUUGACUGGUGGACAAUUGAAGUCUUAUCAAAUCAAAGGUGUAAAGUGGUUGAUCUCAUUAUGGCAAAAUGGGCUGAACGGGAUCCUUGCAGAUCAAAUGGGACUUGGAAAAACUAUCCAGACCAUUGGUUUUCUUGCUCAUCUGAAAGGGAAUGGAUUGGAUGGGCCGUAUUUAGUAAUUGCUCCUCUGUCUACUCUCUCCAACUGGGUAAAUGAAUUCUCAAGGUUCACCCCUUCAAUAAAGGCUAUAGUCUACCAUGGGGACAAGAAACAGAGGGAUGAGAUACGAAGGAAGCACAUGCCUAGAGCAAUUGGCCCUAACUUCCCUAUAAUUGUUACUUCAUAUGAAGUCGCAAUGGCUGAUGCAAGAAGAUUUUUGAGACAUUACAAGUGGAAAUAUCUUGUGGUUGAUGAAGGACACAGAUUGAAAAACUCAAAGUGCAAGUUACUGCAGCAAUUGAAAUUCUUACCUAUAGAAAAUAAGAUUCUUUUGACUGGAACUCCUCUGCAGAAUAAUCUGGCAGAGCUUUGGUCAUUGUUGAACUUCAUUUUGCCUGAUAUAUUCUCAUCCCAUGAAGAAUUUGAGUCAUGGUUUGAUUUAGCAGGAAAGUGCAAUGGUGAAGCAAUGAUGGAAGAACUGGAAGAGAAGCGAAAGGCCCAAAUGGUAGCAAAACUCCAUGCCAUAUUGCGUCCCUUUCUUCUUCGAAGAAUGAAGACUGAUGUUGAGCAGAUGCUUCCUAGGAAAAAGGAAAUCAUAUUAUAUGCAUCCAUGACAGAACAUCAAAAACAUUUACAGGAACAUCUGAUAAAUAAGACACUGGAGAAUUAUCUACUUGAGAAGGGAGACCGUGUACGCGGUAUGAAGGGAAAGCUUAACAAUUUGAUGGUCCAACUUCGGAAGAACUGCUGUCAUCCUGACCUUUUAGAGGCUGCAUUUGACGGCUCGUAUUUCUACCCACCUGUUGAACAGAUGGUUGAGCAGUGUGGCAAAUUUAGCUUGCUGGACAGACUGUUGAAGCGGCUGUUUGCCCGCAAACACAAAGUUAUAAUCUUCUCUCAGUGGACUAAAAUUUUGGAUAUAAUGGAUUACUAUUUUGGUGAGAUAGGAUUUCAAGUCUGUAGAAUUGACGGAAGUGUGAAACUUGAAGAACGGAAAAGACAGAUUGCAGUGUUCAAUGAUGUGGACAGCAAUUAUAGAAUUUUUCUUCUAAGCACCAGAGCUGGUGGACUGGGUAUCAACCUUACUGCAGCUGAUACUUGUAUACUGUAUGACAGUGAUUGGAACCCUCAAAUGGAUUUGCAGGCCAUGGAUCGAUGUCACAGAAUCGGUCAAACGAAGCCUGUUCAUGUUUACAGAUUGACAACAGCACAAUCUGUAGAGGGUCGGAUUUUGAAAAGAGCUUUUAGCAAGUUGAAGCUUGAACACGUGGUGAUUGGGAAAGGGCAGUUCCAUCAAGAUAAGGCGAAGCCUGGUUGUACUGAUGUCCUCGAGGAAGAUGAUCUUAUAGCUUUGCUCCGAGAAGAAGAAUCUGCUGAAGACAAGAUGAUACAGACCAUGAUUACUGACGAAGAUUUGGAGAGGGUGUUGGAUCGCAGUGAUCUGGUGGUUACUCCUGAUGAUCAUAAGGAAGAGAAGGGCGACGGCAUUGCUGGUGCUCUUCCCCUUAAAGGCCCUGGCUGGGAGGUGGUGUUACCAACUGCAGGGGGAGGCAUGCUCGCCACCCUCAAUAGUUAGAUUUAACUGUUAUUUGAACUUGGUAGGGGUAGUUUAGUUAUUUACACAUCAGUGGAUUUUGGAUGCUGAUAUUUUUCUAGUAUGGAAAGUUACCCCUGGUGAUAUGGGAGCUAAAAUGGAGGGGCUCGAUUAUUUUGUAUAUGGUAGAAAUCGAGCUGUAUUUUUGUAUUGGGAAGAUCCAAGUUCCAUGCCAAGACUUGUCGAAGUUGAAGUUUCAAUGUUUAAUGAAAAUGGCCCAGCCAUAUCAAGUUAUUAGUUCUUCAAUGAA